GUGUCGAUAGAUGUUGGCAUUUUCAGUGCAUUUCUUAAUGUCUAAUCAUAUCAAAUCGUCCCAUUGUAGUUGAUUAUGGGUGUUAACGAUUUGUGGUCUAUCGUCGCGCCGGUCCGUGAGUCGGUGCCGCUGUAUAGUCUGGGCGGAAAAACGCUGGCGGUGGACCUGAGUUUAUGGGUGUGCGAGGCUCAGCAUGUGCAGGGCAUGAUGGGGAGAGUCACCAAGCCACACCUGAGGAAUUUAUUUUUCCGAGUGUCUUCCCUCAUACAAAUGGGGAUCAAGCUGGUCUUUGUGAUGGAAGGAGAAGCUCCCAAGCUGAAAGCAGAAACAAUGAGCAAGAGGACGCAAUCAAGACACGGGGGAUUUAAAAAAGCCUCCGCUCCCAAGUCUGCCACAAACACCAGCAGGGGGCGCUUUAAUGCUGUGCUUCGAGAGUGUGCAGAGAUGCUGGACUACCUGGGAGUGCCCUGGGUGACGGCUGCAGGCGAAGCUGAGGCCAUGUGUGCUUACCUGGACUCCCAGGGCUUGGUGGACGGCUGCAUCACCAACGAUGGAGAUGCAUUCUUGUAUGGGGCCCGGACGGUGUACAGAAACUUCAAUAUGAACAGUAAGGACCCACAGGUGGACUGUUACCAGACUUCUCGAGUGCAAACAGAGUUGUAUCUGUCCAGAGAAAAUCUUGUUGGUCUCGGCAUCCUCCUUGGAUGUGAUUAUAUUAUAAAGGGCGUACCAGGCGUUGGCAGAGAGCAGGCCCUGAAGCUUAUACAGACACUGCAAGGACAAUCGCUUUUGCAGAGGUUCGUCCAGUGGAAGGAGGAGAAUGCAGAUGUGUUUGAUGUCGCUGUAAAGAAGGUUCGUCACUGCAACAUAUGUCAGCAUCCAGGGUCAGCCAAGGCACAUGAGCGUGGCGGGUGUGUCUUCUGUGACAGUCAAAAAUUCUGUCAACCUCAUUUCUUUGACCAUCAGUGUCCCUGCGACUGGCACCGCAAUGAACAGACCCACCAGGCCUCGUCUCUAGAAGCAAACAUCAGGAGGAAAACCCUUGCAAGUCAACAGUUUCCUUUUACAGAGAUCAUCAGUGAGUUUCUGGUUCCCAAGGACAAACCUGUGUCACAUUUUAAGAAGAGGCAGCCGAACAUGCUGCUGAUGCAGAAUUUUGCCUUAAAAAAGAUGGAGUGGCCAAAACACUACACCAGCGGAAAGGUUUUAGCCCUGAUGACCUAUACUGAGUUGGUGAACAGGAAAUAUGGAAGGGAUGUGUCCUGCCAAAUCAAGCCUCUUCGGAUAUUGAAACCAAGAGUGAGGAAUGCUGUUGCUUGCUUCGAAGUCAUCUGGACAACACCAGAACAUUAUGUAUUUCCAGAAGAUUGCCCUACAGAGGACCAGCGUGAGGUGAGGACUGUGGAGGAAGAGACUAUCUUUCGUUUGGCUUUUCCAGAGAUAGUAGAGAGCUACACGAGAAGCAAAGCUCUGGCUGAAGAAAACAAGAAAAAAAAAAAAAAGAAACCAAAGGGUAAAAAGGAAAAGCCAUGUGAUGUCUCUGAAGAUGUUUCAGAUCUCUUGUCUCAGAUGACCCUUCAGAGCUCCAUUCAGCCACAAACUCUGCCUGCUUCAAAUAAAACAGAAGUACUGAUUUUGGACUCUCCAGACAUCCAUAAACAGAUUAGGAAAGGAAAAGAAGACAACAGAUGUCCAGUUAAUACAGUAUAUUGUGCUGAAUCAGGGGCUUCACCUUCUGUCUCUGUUGUUAUUGACGCUUUACAUCUGAGUGACAUUGAUUGGGAUACUUUGUCCUUCACAUCCUCCCCAACUCCACAAGCAAACCACUCCACAGAGCAAAAGAAGACCACAGACAGAGAUCAAACACAAGGUGAAAACCCAGAGCAGGAAAUCACAAUUGAUGUCAAACAGGCAGACUCCAGAUCAGUUCAAGACCUGAGUUACACGGAGUGUCCUCUGAGGGACAGGGUGCUCAUGAGAAAUACAAACCAAGCUAUGAAUCACAAUGAUGUGGUCUCAAGGCAUCUAAAUUAUGACUUUGCUCGUCCUGAAACCAAUUCACAAGGAAAGCAUGCUCAAAUGUCCAAUAAAGGCAGCAGUGACAGUAAUGUGUCUGGUGGAGUUUUAGCUUUUGACAGAAAGGAACCACUUGCUGACAGGAGCCAGAGUGUAUUCAGUUUACAAAAAAAAGAAACCGAACAGCAAAUUUUAGCAGCUGAAGGUCUAAAACUGAAAUCUAACUGCUCCAAAAAGAAAUAUAAAUUCAUCAGUUCUGCUCUGCCAUCAUCUGGUGCUGCACCAGAAAAGUGCCAUUCUGACCCGGGUCAACGUAACAAAAAGAACCUGAGCGCGCUGCAGACCACCAAGAGAAGUGUGUGCAUGAGUCUGUGUUCAUCCAGCGAAGAGAGUGAUGUGGAAAACCAACAGUCUGGAUGUCAAAGGCCCACAAAAACAAAACUCCAAAACAAAAUCAAGACCUGUAUUUUAGACGUCCCCCUGAAACCACUUUCUGUCCCUAAACCAACCAGUGCAGAACACACUCGGAAGCUUCACAUAACGAGACCAAAAUCACAGAGUCUCGUGGAAAAGGCUGGAAAUACUGCACCUGUGUCAGCUGAAAACAAAUGUCAGGAAAUGCAAACGGCUAAAGAGGAUGAGGAUGUUAUUCUCCAGACUCCAGCGUCACCUGUUGCUGUGUUAGACAGCGACGAUUCAGUGCUUUGUACUGACAGUCCACUGCCACUGGCUGAGAGACUGAGACUGAAAUUUCUAAAGUGAGCUGCAGGUUACGUGGUGAUGGACAAGAACACAUGAAUUCUUGUUUUCUUAGGAAUUCAUGAACGUUCCUUUUGAGAAAUUAGGAACGCACUGUGAUGCAAGCAGAUGUCUUUAUUCACAUCCUGUUUGCUCUGGACAAGUCCAGUAAUCAUUUAAGAUGUUUUUUUUUAUCAGCACCUGUCAAACACUUGAUGGUUCCAGUCCCAAAUAUGAGCUGAGAAUUUUUUUUGUUUGUUUUCUUGUCUUAAAAUGAUAUUGAGUUCAUGUCUUUGGAUUAUUGACUGUAGAUAAAUGUUACCUACUUUCUUUUUUUAUGUUUUAUAAAUAAAAAUAAUAAUGACA